UACUGCAUCAUGGCAGAGUCGGUCGCAUGCAACUUUAUAAACACUCCCGUAUAUGAAGCAAUAGCUUCCUGGAUAGAAACGGCCUCUCUACCGAUUGUUUUGUUGGGAGCCAAAGGAGUGGGAAAGACAACCACGCUAAUCAUGUUACAUGAAUCAUGCAAAAGACCGAAACAUUAUUUUGACCUUUCAAGUGAUCACGACGUGGUGCGCUUGUCUGAAAAAUUGAAGACUAUAUCGCCAUUAUCGGGUAAUGAAGAGAAAGAAUAUCCAGUUUGGUUGUUUGUUGACAACAUACACGAAAUGGUGAACUACACAUGCUUAAACGACCUGAUCCGUAUGUACGUCAAGGGCUGGACACAGUACCGUAAUCGGGGGCGUCUUGUCUGUGCAGUGUCCAGAUAUGGACUUGUGGGUUUGCUGAAAAAGUUCCGUAUAAACUACUCCGACCUCAAUACACAAGUGGUGAAUCCGACUGAGGAGGUUGCAUGGUCGUUACUGAGACGGUCCAACAACGAAAUGAUCUCCGACACCGCAAACCGGCCAGGUACGUCCAAUAAUUCCGUCUCGAGAUCUUUUGUUUCUACUGAACUUAUGCAGAUGGAAACCUCGAGCCCAGAAAAAGAAGAUAAGGUCAGUCGUGAAGGCAGAGAUUCCAGUGAUUUGUGCGAGGAGGUUGUCAAAAUGGUAACAUUUGGCUACAUCUAA